AUGAUGCAAGAGGCAACUGUGUCGCCUGUCCCGGCGGCGGAGGCAUGCGUCGAUGUGAGCCGCGAAACGCAGGCCGAACCCUGCCAGCAGAAUUCUUCCCCCUCCGCUGCACAGACAGAAGGCACCAUAGAGACGGUAUCUGUUCAGACGGGGCCCCCUCCCUGUCUCUCUACGACGCCUCCGCGUUUAGGCACGCUUCCUGGCGACCUUUUUUCCGCAGAGGAGCUCCAGAAAGUCGAGGAGCUCCGCCGAUUCAUUGACACUUUCCCGGUCGAACCUUCGUCGCCAGAGAGCGGCGCAGCGGCCUCAGCCGCAGUGGAGGCGACAGUGGAAAAGUCGCUCUCUGCGUCGAGCUCGUCCGCGUCCUCGUGGUUCUCAUGGGCGACAGCAGAGUCGUCCUCGGGGAGCGGCGAGUCCGCGGAGAAGGCGGUUCAGGCCCAGGCGACGGAAAUCACUUCGCUGACCUGGGACGAGCUCGUGUGGCUCGACGACGACUUGCUUCUCUCGCGGUAUCUGAGGUCCUACAAUUGGGACCAAGCUGAGGCGCAGAAGCAACUCCUGAAGACGCUGAGCUGGCGACGCGUCCGCAAGCCCCACUGCAUUCCUCCUGAAGAAGUUGUGGGCACUGCACAAAAGGGAAGCAUCUACCGAAAGGGCUUCGACUCCAGGGGUCGCGCGAUCAUCUACUUCAAGCCCGGACGUGACUCCGGCACUUCGUCGAACUCCUCGCAGCAGUACAUUCUGUACACGGUUGAGCGCGCGAUGCAGUCGCUGGACCGGCUGAGUGGCAGAGACCAGCUCGUGUUUCUGCUGGACUUCAACGGCUGGGGCCUCUCGCAGCUUCCCAAGACGGAAGUGUCGCGCGAAAUCGUCUCCAUUCUGAACGACCACUACACGGACGUGCUGGCCGAGGCGUACAUCGUGAACGCGCCGAGCUACUUCGACGCAAUCUGGCGGCUGGUCUCGCUGAUGGUGCAUCCGGACACUGCAAAGAAAGUCCAGUUUCUGCACACGAGCAACGCGAAAGACCUCGCUCGCCUCCGCGAGGCCAUUCCGCCAGUUUACCUCGAGACGUGCGUCGGUGGCGACUGUGCAUUUGACUACGACCACGUAGCCUACUGGGAAGAGGAGCGCAGGCAGUUCUGCGAGGUGAUGCAGGCGCGCGAGAAGCAACUCGCGGCGCUUCAGGCCUCCGAAAAACUCCAGGAGCGAAUCAAGGCGAACGGCCAGUCUAGCUAG